CUCUCACAGCUAGCCGCCCCUCUCUCUCGUCAAGGUCACCAUGCUGCGGCUGUCGUCCACGCUCGCACGAUUGGCCACCGCCGUGCCGACGCUGACCCCUGCGGGCUGCUCGGCCCUCCUCCGCCUUCCCUCUGCAUCCCUCCACACUUCCACAGACUCUUCCGAGCCUGCUGCUGCUGAGUCUGCCCCUGUGGCCGGUGCUGGCACGCAGGGCGCCGUGGCUGGCCCGUCGUCGUCGGCCCUCGUCGCUGGCACACCGCCGUCCAACAAGGGCGAGUACGUGGUGGCCAAGCUUGACGAUCUCGUCAACUGGGCUCGGAAGGGCUCGAUCUGGCCCAUGACUUUCGGUCUUGCCUGCUGCGCUGUGGAGAUGAUGCAGUGCGCCGCCGCACGGUAUGACGUCGAUCGGUUCGGGAUCAUCUUCCGCCCCUCGCCUCGUCAGUCCGACUGCAUGAUCGUUGCCGGCACGCUCACCAACAAGAUGGCACCGGCGCUGCGCAAGGUUUACGACCAGAUGCCCGAGCCGCGGUGGGUCGUCUCCAUGGGCUCGUGCGCCAACGGUGGUGGCUACUACCACUACUCGUACGCCGUCGUCCGCGGCUGCGACCGCAUCGUUCCCGUCGACGUCUACGUCCCGGGCUGCCCGCCUACCGCAGAGGGCCUCAUGUACGGCCUUCUUGUCCUCCAGAAGAAGGUUGCCCGCUCCCAGGGUCUUUCUGCCUGGUACCGUAAGUGAGUGAACACAGUCUUGGACCG